GGGCUCUGCAGCUCUGUGGGCGUGAGGGCUUGGCAGAAGCUCCAGGUGUGCAAAACCCGACCCAGGUCCUCGAGCCCUCUCAGCCCGGAAGCCCUCAGGGCAGCAUGUCCCCGUAGUGGCUGCGAUUCCUGGUUCCCUUCCUGGAGGUGCAGUCAUCUGAAUCAACACGUCACCGCGUGGCAGCGGCCGCUCCCAGGGCCAGGUGAGCUGAGAGCUCCGGCUCCUCUGUUCUUUAUCUCCAGGUGGGGAUGACGACGCUCACACGUCGGGGAUGGCGUGGGGACAAAAGGACUGAGCCUGAGGAGGACGCGGCUGCGGACAGGGAGCUGCCUGACGAUGACUCUGACAACUCCAAAGCCCCCCGCCUCACACUGAUGGAGGAGGUGCUGCUCCUGGGGCUGCAGGACAAGGAGGGCUACCCAUCCUUCUGGAACGACUGCCUGUCCCCUGGUCUGCGUGGUGGCAUCCUCAUCGAGCUGGCGCUGCGGGGCCGCAUCCAUCUGGAGCCACUGACAGCCAGGAAGAAGCGGCUGCUGGACAGGAAGGUGCUGCUGAAGUCGGCUGCUCCCACUGGUGAUGUCCUCCUGGAUGAGACCCUCCGGCACAUCAAAGCCUCUGAGUCCACGGAAACGGUGCAGACCUGGAUAGAGCUGCUCACAGGCGAGACCUGGAACCCCUUCAAGCUGCAGUAUCAGCUGCGGAACGUGCGUGAGCGUGUUGCCAAGGGCCUGGUGGAGAAGGGGAUCCUCACCACGGGGAAGCAGAGCUUCCUUCUCUUCGACAUGACCACCCACCCCGUCUGUGACACCACUGAGAAGCAACGGCUGCUGAGGAAGCUGCAGGACAGCGUGUUGGAGCGCUGGAUGGGGGACCCGCGCCGCAUGGACCGCAGGCUGCUGGCGCUGCUGGUGCUGGCCCACGCCUCGGAUGUGCUGGAGAAGGCUUUGGGCAGCCUGGAGGACACGCAGUAUGAGAUGGCCAUGAGCAGAGCCAAGGAUGUGCUGGAGGCCGAUGCGGAGCUGGAGGCGGCCCAGGGCAGAGGGACAGAGGUGAUCUGGGCUGUGCUGGCAGCCUUCAGCAGGGCCUAGGUCCCGUGGUGGGCCCAGGGGAGGUGGCCGAGGGCUGUGGGUCCACGUGUGGAGCUGCUCCCCUGGGAAGGGCCCUGCGCCCUUGGGCUGCGUGCAGAGCCGCCUCCUCCACCCUGCUGUAUUGGGAUUCGGACCUGGUGCUUUUGGGGCU